AUGAAAAGAACAAGGGACGAAUUUACCAACUCAUCGUCGGACGAUGAAGACACUUCUCAGCAUGAAGAUGAUUCACCACCGACAAAGAAAGAGAAGGAAACUCCAAAAUAUCGUCCUCCAAUUGGUGCACUCUUGGUUGCAGGUUACGGAGCAUGUGAGGACGAAUUUACAAUUUUCACACUCGAUCAAGCAGAUGAUUUGGAGAAUACUAGAGGCAGAUUCCCAUAUAGAGAUUAUAGAGAUGCUUAUGAAAGAAAGAAGGAGAGAAACAUUCGGUCAUGGACCGAUAAUUAUGUGAAGAAUGAUGACGAUCGUGAUCGUGAUGAAUUGUCCUAUUUACAAAUUCCUAGUCAAAAUCUUAUCAAGCAAAUUCCGUGUGAAAUUCUACUCGAUUGCAUGUUUUAUAUGGACAAGUAUGCAUUGUUUAAUUUUAUUCAAACAUGCAGUUUAGUUUAUGAAUUGUUUGAUGAGGUUUAUGGAGAAAGUAUUGAACGGCUACGUCUUGAUAUUCUCAAUAAGAAGAGGAGUGCUGGGAAUUUGAAUAGGUUGGUGGAUUUAUUCUCCAAUUCAUCAAGUUGGAAUGAGAGUUUAGUUCAAGAUUCGAAUAAGAAAGUAAUGAUGACCUAUGAUCAAUAUUUUAGAAUGAAGAGUUCAAGCAAGUGGCCAACUAGUUAUUUUCACGAUCAUUUGAAGUUUAGAACAUUUAAGAAGGAUGAUCCAAUGAUUGACCUAAUCAACAAUCAGGCACUUACAGAUUCUCUCAAAUUUCAGGAAAUGAGCUUUGAAGAGUAUAUCGAUUUACAAAAAGAUAGCACACCAAUAUUACCGUAUGGAUUACUCACUCAACCAGACACAUACUAUCUAACUUUUGACAAUUUUGUAAAGAGAAGAUGUUCAUUACUAAAUUUUGAGCAAUUUGCAUUGGAAGGUGAUGAUAGGUAUAAAUCAUACAUUGAUGGUUUAUUGAAGGUGGAAACUGUCAUCCUUCCUCAUACGUAUUCAGAUCUUGAGGAAGUGAAUGGUUCCUUGUCAGGUUACUCCUGGUAUCCAUACUUCACAAAGUAUCAAGAUUAUCAUUUUUAUAUGGACAGUAUUUCAGAAAAAAAAGAUCUUCCAAAACGUUAUGAAAAAAUUGUCAGAUUCUUUAAGAAUCCUUAUGAAAUGACAUUUUCAGAUUUUCAAGACAGAUUCAAGAAUGAAAUUUUGAGAGAUUAUGAAUUAGCAAGAAUCUUAUUUUAUGAUUGUGCAUUUGAACAUAACAAAACAACCAAGACAAAGGAACGUUUUGUUAUAUCAGGAGGAUCCCUUCUUCACACCUUGACUGGUUGUGGUUUCAGUGAUUUUGAUUUAUUCAUCAUUAAUAAUGGAGAAUCAGACGAAAUUAUCACUCAAGCAAUCAAACAAGUUUUAUUGAAAUUGGAAGGAAAAACUAAACAUUUGAAUUACAAUAUUAUGAGUUCCAAAGCUACAAUUAAUAUUUGUCAAGAAGGGAAUGAAAACAUUCAGAUAGUAUUAUUGAAAUAUGAUACCAUUGAGGAAUUGCUCUUAUUUUUUGAUUUGGAUUGUUGUAAACUGGUCUAUGAUGGAGAGAGAGUAUUAACAGUUUUAGAAUGUUUACGAUCCCUCAAGUACAAGAUUAAUUUUAUCCACAGAGAAUCAGGAGGAAAAAGUGAAGUCCACCAUGAAAGAGCUUUAAAAUAUGGAAAUAGAGGUUUCUUAACAAUUGUUGCUGAUUCCUUUCAUCCUCUUUCUCAUGUAAUGCAUUGUGAUUUUAUUGUAGAAAGAAUUCGAAAGAUACUCAUUGAAAAGUAUGCCAAACAAAUGCAAAGUGAGGGAAUUAACACUCGAUACAAUAAUCCAAUGGUUGAUUUGUUUAUUGGUAGAAACAAAACAACUUCAGAAAUUGCUACAGUAGACUUGGACGAAUCUAAUUUGCUCUAUCCUGUCGUUUUGAAGAAUAUUUCAUUUAAAUUCGUGGAACAAUGCUUGACAAAUGGACUUCUCUUUGCCGUCAGAGAAAUGGAAAGCGAAGUUGAGGCUGAGAAAGAAAUGCUGAAACGUUUGAAACUGGACGAAUAUGAAUUUGCGAAAAAUCCAUCAGAUCUAUUUCAAAUUCUUCCAGAAAAUCAAAAUCUUGUGAAAGCCAAAUAUUCCUAUAGUCAUUUAGUUUGCAAGUUUUCCAUUGUUCAUUGUCAAAACUGUUCUAUUUACUUUUAUUGCCCAUUUGCUUCAUCUGUGUUAAGGGAACAACGAAAAAAGGAUAGUUGUAAUGGACAUUUGAUACCAUUUUUGGAAAAUCAAGUUACAAAAGAAAAUUACGAUCCGAAAAUUAACACACUUUGUCAAUCUUGCUUGAAUCAAUUGAAUUGUUUGGAGAAAUAUGAUGAUUUCAUUUUAUAUAAGGAAUAUAGAAAUACAAGAUUUGUGGAAAAUCAAAUAGAGACUAAAAUAAUUCAAACUAUUUACAAAAUUGAAAAGAUUGAAAACCUUAAAGGAGUAUCACAGGAUAGAAUACUUCAUCUUUUAUCAAAAACCUUUUCACUACCUGAUUUGGAAUAUACUUUGAAAAUUUUGAAAUUUAAAGAGCUUGUAAUAAGCAGCCAAGAGGAAGACGAAAUCAAGUUAACACUUCGCUCUUUAUUACCAAUCUGGUCAUAUAGCAACAAGAUUGUGGUUCCAAUCCCAAUAUCUGAAAAGAAACAAAAGGUUAUUCUUGAUUUCUUCAAGAAAAAGUGAAAAUCCUUAAUACAUUGAAAUAUGGUAAUGUACAAAGCAGUGUGUAUUAAAGGAAGUGAAAUGUUAUGGAGAGAUGCCAUAAAUAACAAGGUUCAAGAUUUU